CUCAGGUGUAUUAGCCAUUGCGGGAAAUUGGAGUACUGGAAGGGAGAUAUGGCAAAAGCUCUUCCAACUGGCGGCCUCGUGACUCCGUGGCAGUACUACUAAGUACGUCAUUCCUAAUUUCCUUGCCGAAUUGUAGCGGCGUUAGACGAAUCCUACUCUUGUUUCGUUUGCACGGUGGCGGGCCAGGGACCAUGGCAGGAAUAACUCGGUGGUUGAUAUCGGGGCUUGUGGUGCUCGGGGGCUAUGUUGCCUUUUGCCAGGAGCCGGAGGAUUCUCCAGACAGCGAGGAUGUGGCUGCAUCGAAGGUUGUGCUUGAGAGCUCCUUACCCGUUACUCAUUCCGCUUUCUCCUCACGUACCCUGAAGAAGUCAUCCCGAUUGGCCCGGCCAAAAACGGGCGGUGGGGCCGCCAUCGGCGCUGAACAGCUUACUGUGUUACAGCGCCACGGUGGGUGAAGUUUCCGAACGAGGAGAUUAUGCUGAGGACAAAUUGUUUCAAGACACCUCUAAUAACACAUUGAUCAAGAAUAUGGCACUAGAAGCGGAAGCCAAAAGACUUCGGAUAGAG